UUGCUAAGUUACAGCUCCUAUGCGUUCUGUCCAUCGGCUAAAUAGAAGAUAGCCAGAUGCUAUGCCUCAGAGUGUGGGAAUAUAGAAUCUUUAAGGUAGUUUAUAGUUGGUAAAACUACUCGUCUGACGCCAUGACAGCUAUAAAAGACGGAGAGUACACGGCGACCAUCUACAAACUGAUCAAAGACGGCCAGUAUGUAGAAGCAAUUCACAUCCUAAACGGCCAGCUUCAAAAACACACCAAGUCCAGGGCAGCGCUGUCUCUGCUGGGCUACUGCUACUACCACAUCCAGGACUUCACCAACGCUGCAGAGUGCUACGAGCAGCUCACACAGCUGCACCCGGAGGUGGAGGAGUACAAGGUGUACUAUGCCCAGUCCCUGUACAAAGCUGGUGCUUAUCCUGAGGCCACCAAGGCUUCCUUUGUCCUGGAUAACCCCAGCAGUCACACCAAGAUGGUCAAGCUGCAAGCCUGUAUCAAAUAUUGUGAGGAAGAUUACUCUGCUGCCAAGUCCCUGUUGGAGCAGCUGCCCCAGGACGACCCAGACUACGUCUACAAUAUGGGCUGUUUGCUUUACCAGGAUGGAAAGCACGAAGACGCCUGCAAGAAGUUCAUGUCUGCCAUGCAAGUGCUGGGAUACGUGCCAGCGUUGUCCUACAACAUCGCCCUGUGUUACUACAGCCUGAAGAACUACGCUCAGGCACUCAAAUACAUCGGAGAGAUCAUAGAACGAGGCAUCAGGGAACAUCCAGAGCUGAGCGUCGGGAUGACGACUGAAGGCAUCGACGUCCACAGUGUGGGCAACACGCUGGUGCUGCAUCAGACGGCUCUGAUCGAAGCCUUCAACCUCAAAGCUGCCAUCGAAUACCAGCUGAAGAACUUGAAAGGAGCCCAGGAGGCUUUGACAGACAUGCCCCCCAGAUCAGAGGAGGAGCUGGACCCGGUGACUCUCCACAACCAGGCUCUGCUGAACAUGGACACGAAGCCGUCAGAGGGUUUUGAGAAGUUGGCCUUCCUGCUGCAGCAGCCGUCCUUCCCCCCCGUCACCUUCGGAAACCUGCUGCUGCUUUACUGCAAACACGAGUACUUUGACCUGGCAGCUGACGUCCUGGCAGAAAACGCCCAUCUCACCUACAAGUUCCUCUCCCCGUACAUGUAUGAGUUUCUUGACGCCUUGUUGACCUGCCAGACGGCACCAGAGGAGGCCUUUAGGAAGUUUGAUGAGAUGAACGCCAAACUGACCGAGCAGCUACGCAAACUGGCCAAGCAGGUGCAGGAGGCCAGGCUGGCUCGAGAUGAUGAAGCACAGAAAAAAGCUCUGCAGGACUACGACCUGAUGCAGGAGAAGUACAUCGUGGUCCUGAUGGCCCAGGCCAAGAUCUACUGGAACCGGGAGAACUUCCAGAUGGUGGAGAAGAUUUUCCGCAAGUCGGUGGAGGUUUGUAACGAGGACGAUACCUGGAAGCUGAACGUGGCCCACGUCCUCUUCAUGCAGAACAAGUACAAGGAGGCCAUCGGCUUCUACGAGCCCAUCGUCAAGAAACACUACGACAACGUGGAGCAGUGUAACAUUCAGGAGUGUCCCUGCAAGUGCAAACCUUCGAUCCUGAACGUCAGCGCUGUGGUCCUGGCCAACCUGUGUGUGUCCUACAUCAUGACCAGUCAGAACGAAGAGGCUGAGGAGCUGAUGAGGAAGAUCGAGAAGGAGGAGGAGCAGAUUUCCUACGACGACCCCGACAAAAAGGUUUUCCACCUCUGCAUCGUCAACCUGGUCAUCGGGACGCUGUACUGUGCCAAGGGAAACUACGACUUUGGCAUCUCUCGUGUUAUCAAGAGCCUGGAGCCGUACAAUAAGAAGCUGGGGACGGACACAUGGUUCUACGCCAAGCGUUGUUUCCUCUCUCUGCUGGAGAACAUGUCCAAACACAUGGUCAUGCUGAGGGACGCUGUGGUACAGGAGUGUAUUCAGUUCCUGGAGCACUGCGAGGUCUACGGGAAAGAAGUUCCAGCUAUCAUCGAGCAGCCUCUGGACGAGGUCCGCAUCCACAUCGGCAAGAACACCGUCACCUACGAGGCUCGGCUGCUCAAGGCUCUGUUCUACGAGGUCAUUGGCUGGAACAACUGACAUCAUCGAACAGGUGUCGGCAUAAUGUCUGAGGUCUGCUCAUCCCAGAACCAUCACUGACUGCUGCCAACAUCUUCACCGCAAAGGGUGAUUAACGUAAACCCAGAGACAGUCAACACACACACACACCACACACACACACACACACACUGGGUCACUGAGGAAUUUUAAAUCAGGCCAGCUGUGCAGCUAUAAAUCUCUGGGAAAACCAUGUCCACUUCCUGACUUCCUCUGGGCAGCUUUUGGACUCACUCUGUCUUUCACUGUGUCUCGUUACACAUACACACACACACACACACACACACACACACACACACACAUCCCCCAGGGGAGGCUUUUAUUUUGAAGUUGAGUUGAACUGGGGGGGUUCUGGCAGAAAGUUAAAAUGCUCCAACAGAACAGUCUGUGUUCUCUCUCACAUUAUGACUGUUUAAAGAGUUCUCUGCUCUGACCCCAGCUUCACUUUACAUCGUCUUAUAACCAGUGAUAUACUGCAUUUAUUAUCUGUUCUAUAAACAGGUGUGAAGAAAAAGAGCAGGUUUGUUUUAUCAGCUGUGUUUAUUCUACUAACAUAAAACACAUGAGAACUGUUUAUAUGUAAGUUCAUCUGCAUACAUUCAUGAUUCAUGCUCAUAUCCUCUUUGGUGAGAGCUGGUUGUGCAGCUGUCUGUAAUAUUCCAGCCCUGUUUGGUGGUUUUAUAUUCAGUAGAUACAAUGUUUGUGAAAAACAAAAA